CUUCCACAUGUUACAGAUGAUCCAGAUACACCAGAACAGAAAAUUGGAAUGCCUGCUAUCUUCGGUAUAGUACUAGGUCUAGUGGUCUGUAUCGUGCUUAUGGUGCUCUGCUUUUUGAAAUACCGUCAGAAUCGGAAUUGUCCAUCACCAAUCAACAGGAGAAAUGGACAACAAUAUUCACCAAUUCCACUGGAAAAUACUGCUACGACUGCUGCUGCCAUGGCUCCCACUACUUCUACCGUUUCUUUUACCUCCCCUUCAGCUGGUACUUCUACUACUACCGUUGCUUCUACUUCCACGUCCCCUACUCCUGCUUCUGUCCCUUGUACUUCAACUAACCCUUGUAUUAUUUCUACUAAUAACGGUUUUUCCACUUCCCCUGCUACUAAUAAUAACGUUACUACUGCUUCAAUUGCUACUGCUGUUUGCGUUACUUCUAUAUCCACUCCCCCCUCUACUUUCACUUCCCCUUCUACUGCUACUACUGCUUCAGUUACUUCUACUUCCACUUCCCCAUCUACUGCUAUUACUGCUUCAGUUACCUCUACUUCCACUCCCCCCUCGACUGCUACUACUGCUUCCGUUACCUCUACUUCCACUUCCCCAUCGACUGCUACUACUGCUUCCGUUACCUCUACUUCCACUUCCCCAUCUACUGCUACUACUGCUUCAGUUACCUCUACUUCCACUUCCCCAUCUACUGCUACUACUGCUUCAGUUACCUCUACUUCCACUUCCCCAUCUACUGCUACUACUGCUUCAGUUACCUCUACUUCAACUUCCCCAUCUACUGCUACUACUGCUUCAGUUACCUCUACUUCCACUUCCCCAUCUGCUGCUACUACUGCUUCAGUUACCUCUACUUCCACUUCCCCAUCUGCUGCUACUACUGCUUCCGUUACCUCUACUUCCACUUCCCCCUCAACUGCUAUUUCUUCCGUUACCUCUACUUCUAAUUCCCCUUCUACUCCGUCUGCUGGUCAUGUUCCUGCUGCAACUUCCGCUGAAAUAAACAAGGUGUCAACAACGACUACCAACACAUCAAGAGUCAUGUCUGCAUCUGCCCAGAACGAUUAUCAGUCCAGCGAGAGGAUGGUUACCGAUCGCGAAAUAUUAAAAUUGUCAAACCUCAUGCCAUUCGAUAAACUCAGCUCGUUCUGCGUUGCUCUGGGAUUAAGCCUUACUGACGCUCAGAAUAUUUCAUCUAGACAUCAGUUAAAUUCUCACGCUGCAUUUGAGGAAGUUUUGAAGCGGUGGAAAGGAAUAUCAGAAGGAAGAAUAAGCGAUCUUGAUGACGCUCUUCGUGAGGCAGAAUGCCUAGACCUUAUUAACAGAUACAAGGAAUAGAUCAACAUAUUGUGUUCCAUGUGUUUAAACCGUAGAUGAUGUUUUCUUUGUUAAUAAAAACAGGAUCAAUACUAUAACAUCACCAAAUCAUUGUUGUUAUAUUCCACGUGUUCGUAAUAACGUCAUGUUGUACAUGUAUACUGUGUCCCAAAUUGACGUUGAAAAUAUAAUAGCAUCUUUUAUUCCAUAUUGACUACUCUUUGCUGAAUAUUUGCUUAGUAUUUACCUAAUAUAUUUUAGAUAUAAUAAUUAAUAAAGAUCUUCUGAAAAAUGAAUUGAUUCUAAAUUCUUAAUAUCUUAAUAUGAAGAAAUGUAUCUUCUUUAAAUAUUCGGGCCUCCAUCAUGUUUGCACUAAUAGAAGCACUAAAAAAAAUCGUUAGUUUCUUGAUCAUUAUACCUGUUUUCCAAUUCGAAAAUAAGUGUCUCACCUUAGGAUCUCACUCCGGAGUCCAAUUACUAAAGCGUUUAUGAAGUGAUUAAAUAAUCAUGCGUGUAUAUAUGUAUAUUUUAUGUUUGAUGUACAUGCAUAUAAAUCGUGUGUUGGUGUCAGAGGAUUUUUUUCUAGAGCAUUUGUUAAAUUGCCUGAGCCGUUUUGUAUACUUCCAGAGUCAUUUUUGCAGGAUUAGUCGUUCUUUAAACUAUUGGAUAUCUAGCGUGUGCUAUGUGCAUAAUCUCGUGAAAUAAAAAAUAAAUUUAACACAAAUGAGGGUGGAGAGGAAAUCAUUUACAGGCAACUUUUUUAUGCAGGUUUAAAUAAUUAUGCCAUGACAAAUCAUGAUUAUUAUUAGUAUCUUUAUUAUAACGAUCAUUAUUGCAUUUAAUGUAUUUAUACACAAAUGACAAAUUCUUUUGAAAUUUGAAUACAAAUUCUUGGAAGACUUUAGAUAAUCUGAAUUCGGAGUGACUAUCUCCAUGCCUUCUUUUUAAAAGUAUCAUCUUAUAUAAUUUCAAAGGCAUCUCAUAAAUUUCAAUAAUUUGACAAUUGUUGUGUAAUUUUCCAUGUUCUCAAGUCAAUGCUGAAUGUCCACACAGACCACUUUAGCUCUCUCACCUAGCUUUACUCUGGCAUUUUCCCCAUUCUUUAAGUUUACCCCCAUUUCCCCGUAAUACAAUGUUCAAAAUAGAAUAAUUCAACAGUUCGUAUUUUUUUUAUUUUGUUGCAUUAAACCCAUUAAUAAAUUGCAUUUCUAUGUC